CCUCAGAUCAACCCGCUCUCGCCUCUCACCUCUCGCUCCAUCCAUCAAGCCUCGCUCCCUCUCCCUCCUUUUCUGCGCCCGCCACCGACUUUCCUUGGCCUGAUCCGAACUCACGACGCAUCGUCGUGCAACGCGCGCCUUCGACUCCUCUUCAGAUAGCCUCCUUUUCAAACCUCGUCGACGGUUCCCCUCCCCCAUCCUAUGGUGCCACGCUAGAUCACCGGACGACUUCGCGAGAUCAUCCCCAGGCUCGCCGCCUCUCUCUCUCUCUCCCUCCCCCCUUCCGAGGGACACAGGAUCCUGGAUUUGUGCCAGUCUCUGCCAAUCCCUCGCCCGCUCACGCUCUCUACCCGGCUGUCGCGGCCGUCCCGUCGGCGUCAUACCCACGGCAAACUGGCAAUCGUCUGUCGCCUGUUUGCUCGUAAUCUCUGACCUUGCCGUGCUGCACAGCCCGUUUUGUCGCAGUCGUACCCAAGACCGGACGAGCCCACACGAUUGCCCCCAACGCCAUCGCCGCAAAAUCCCUUUCCUUGUGUGAACCGUCAUCAUCACGAAACCCCGUCCGCUGUGGAUUUUACUGGCCGUGGACCAGCCGUCCAAAGGGGAAUAGAACACCAGCUGGUGUUGCGCCGUUUCCCGCCCAUUUGUUCCCUCCACCUACAGCCAUGACCACCGCCAUGGAAACUCAGACUACUCAGCAGCAGCAGCGGCCUGUGCCGACCAAAGCUGCGGGCCUGACGAAUAUUCUGAACCAGGAUGAUCGGCCGCCAAACCACAACAUCCCGCCGCCGCAAUUGCGCGAUUCCGGCUUUUACUCGACGGCAGAGGCUUCCAGCAAGCACACGUCGGCAGCCUCGUUUAGCGCAAACGGCCUCAGCCCGACUGGCUCCAGCUAUCAGUCCUCGGGCGACAAGACGCCUUCGCCCGUCGCCGCAAACAUGGUGCCACAGGCCCUUCUCUCUCCGUCUGCCAGCAACAUGAGCGUCGCCUCCAUGGUAUCCCCGACGAGCCCCAGCGGCAACGACCAUCGCCGAUACGAUCGACCAACGUCGUUGGAGUCUCACGGGCAAAACGGGGCGACCCUGGGCGAGACCCUCACGCCUGUUGCUUCGGCCGCGCGCCGGGAGAGCGUGGACAGCAGGAUUAACCAGGGUUUCAGCGAUAUGCGACUGGGAGGAUCUCCGUACACGAGCAACAACCAGUCGACCAGCUCCAUCCAGAACACGCUGCACUCGCAGCGGAAUCCCCGGCCAGGGCUCGAAGCCUUGUCCGUGCACAGAAUCUCCAACGGAUACCAGCCGAGUGCUGAGAGGAACCCUGAGCCCAAGACAGUCAGGACCGCCCCAGCCAUUACCGGCCCCGCCACGGGACACAUCGCUCGUGCCGCAGAGCCGACUAAGGGUCAGGCGUGGGCUUUCCCCGAGGAGGAGAUCCAAAGAGUCGGCCCCCCGGGUCGAUAUGACGACUCGCGGCGUAGCAGCAUCACCGAGUCUAUUGCCAGCAGCCAGUUCACCACCGAGUCGCGGCUGCCGCCCGGCCAGCGCCGACUUGAUGACGCACCCGACCACGCACGCAUGUCGCAGGCAUCCGAGUACCCGUCGGUGCACCAUCACACGAUGCAGCACAAGCAACUCAGCGAUUUGCAGGCCGAAGAAGGCGGCGGUCCCACGGGAUCGCAGCCGUACAGCAGGACUCCCGAACUGCGUGUGAGCCACAAGCUUGCUGAGCGGAAACGUCGUACCGAGAUGAAGGAGCUCUUUGACCAGUUGCGAGACCUGAUGCCCCAGGAGCGCGGCUCGAAAGCCUCCAAGUGGGAGAUCUUGACUAAAGCCAUCGCAGAACAUCAGAGGCAGUCGGAGCAUCUCCGGCUCCUUCAGUCGCACUACAACACAGCCCUAGCCGAAAUCGAGAUGCUGCGUCGCGAGCUGCAUGGCAUGAGGAUGGAAGGCGCACACCCUCCGUCGCACGCCCAGCAAGGCCCGCCGCCGCCACAGCAGCCACCGAGCUCGCAAGGGGGCUCGUAUGCGCCAGAUCCCUACGCCAACGCGAACCGGACAGAGCUGCCGCCUCUCCGAUCCAUUAGCAACAGCAUACCGAACGGGCCUGACUCGAUGACGGGCGUGCAGUACGAGGCGCCUCGUGUGAAUGGGUACCGAUCAGAGCGAUACUGAGAGGCUCGUCCGGUCCGGUUCGUGGUCGAUGAACGAUGCGCGGCCAGCCGAUUUUUUCUAUGUCAGACAAAACAAGCAGAUGCACGACUGAACGACGAAGCAGAAGGGCAUGUGUUGCCACAAAAAAGAGAAACGGUGCAGCUGUGGGCUGCCGCCGCAACCGGAUACACAACCUCCGGGACUUUUGGCGCCCAUUGAGGCUCCCAGUCGAGGCCUGACACAGGCCUCAUUGUUUUACUAGAGGGAUCCUUUCUUGAUUUUCUAGUUUGUGCUGUGAGUGAAUUGCUCAUGGACUUCGGUUGCCUGGGAUUCGGCGGCUGCUGUACAAUCGUUUUUUUUCCUCCGAGGCCAACACACUACGGGAUGCAUUGGCUGUCGACGAAUGCAACUCGAGGAUUGCCGGAUGUUCAUUUCGUUUGUACUUUGAAGGGCCUUAACUUGGCGGGCCAUGUGCCGCGGUUAGUCGGUAUGGGAUCCUAAUCGAGAUGUGGAGGAUUCAAGGGGAGCUUUUGCGGGAAAGGAGCUCCGUGACGGACUCCGAGUACGCCGGGAUAGGACUCGACACGGCGAAGUGAUACAUGGGAACAAGGUGCCGACCGAGUCGGAUCUGUACAUACGGGUUGGGAGGGAGGGGCCUCCGAGGAUGGUGAAAAGGGUUGAGGGUCGGACCCUGAAGGGCCAUCCAUGCUUGGAUUUGAAAUGAUGGGCCAGGACGAGGCUCAGCGCCGCCCUGGCGAACAGCAAGGCAGGCAGCAAGGCGACGACGGCGCAGGAGCAUGGCGGGCGUGAUAUGGGUAGGUAGGGUUGAUGGGGUGGCUGGACAUGGUACAUAUAACCGUUCCUAAGCUGCGCAGGCUUGAAUCUCCGAGAGCACGUGCGUUGCAUGCAUGCAGGCGGAUGAGGAGACGUGUGACAUAGAUGCCGCCUGGCGCGUACAAGGCGGUUGAAAAACAAGCUGCGGACUACGUUGUAGAUCCCGAUGACUCGUGGUGUCCUGUAUCUUCGACGGCCUACUACGUGAUUCUAUGAUGGGAUGUCAACGGGCAGUAGCGGUGGGUGGUCAGGCGGCGACGGG